AUUUUAUUUACCCUGGGAAAAUCAAUUAACCUAUGACCUACCAGACCUGUUUGCUCUGACAACAUGGCUGACAUAAAAACUUUGGAGCACUCAACAUUGAAAGUGCCAUAUGAAUUGUUGAAUAAACAGUUUCGAGCUUCUCAAAAAAUAAUUGAUAGAGAGGCAUCAAGAAUAAAUAAUUCAGCAAAUGACAUAGAAAGAAAAUUUCAAGAUUCCAGUUUGACAGUUGGAGAUGUCACAUCUGCUAUUUCAACAAUGGUGGACAAUUUAUCAAUGCUUAAACGAAAGGCAGAAGAGAGUAUCCAGGAAGAAUUGGGGGCUUCUCGUGUAAUUAAAAGAAGAUUGGAGCACCUACAAGAAAGAGAUACUCCUGGCAUAAAAGAUUUCGUCCCACCAACAUGGUGGCAAAAAAACAGACUGGACAGAAUGCUGGUUGAAUACUUUUUAAGGGCAGGUUACUACAAUUCAGCAUUGAAGUUGGCAAAGCACUCCAACAUAGAGGAUCUAACCAACAUUGAAUUGUUUAUGAUGUCUAAAGAAAUAGAAGAUGCGCUGGCAAAGAGUGAUACAAAGCCGUGUUUGAGCUGGUGUAUAGAUAACAGAUCAAAGCUUCGAAAAAUGAAGAGUACUUUAGAAUUUACUGUUAGAAAACAGGAGUUUGUUGAGCUGAUUCGAGAAGAUAAGCGUUUGGAUGCUAUUAAGCAUGCUCGCAAAUAUUUUUCAUCAGUUGAGGCAAACCAGGUUGGGGAUGUGCAGAAGCUAAUGGGAAUGUUAGCAUUUAACUGUAGUAGUCCUGAUAAUCCAUAUUCAGAUCUGCUAGACAUGGGCAACUGGCAGAAGUUGGUUUUACAGUUCAGGCAGGAAAACUUUAAACUCCAUCAGCUGAAUAGCACAUCUGUGUUCACUGCUACUCUACAGGCUGGUUUAUCUGCUCUUAAAACUCUACAUUGCUAUAAAGACGCCAACAUGAGACACCCGGAUUGCCCAGUUUGCAGUACUCACCUAAACGAGCUGGCCCAGCCUCUUCCGUUUGCCCACUGUACAAAUUCCAAACUAGUCUGUAGUAUCACAGGCACAGUGUUAAAUGAACACAACCCUCCUAUGAUGCUACCCAAUGGUAGAAUUUAUGGUCUUAAGGCAUUGGAAAACAUGGCUGCUGAUAAUGAUGGACGAGUUGUGUGCCCAAGAACCCGUGAGAUCUACCAUGUUGAAAAUCUUGAAAAAGUUUUUGUCAUGUGAAGUUUUUGCCAUUACAAAUUCAGUUUUAUUUUGAGUUCUUUAGCGUGCCAUGAAUAAAUGUAGGAAUUAUUUUUUAAAAUUUAGUUCUGCGACAGACCAAUUUACUUUAAAACAUUGGAGGCUAUAGAUCAAACAUUGUUUAACUGUUUCUAAUUAUUACUACUUAACUUUUAUUUCAUUAUUUAAUAUUUAGUUUUAACAUUUUUGACACUACAGGAAGAAUAAAAUAAUAUCCCAAAUUAUAAGUAAAUGCAUACAACUCAUAGUUUUUAAUCAUGUUGUAAUAAGUGUUUAGCAGUGUAUAUUCCCUAAUUUAUUUUACCCUUAAAACUCUUAAGCUCUAAAUGUGAGUUAGAUAAAAACUAUAUUGGAUUGAUAACUACUGUAACUGACAAGCCAUAAUGCCAGCAUAUAAAGGGUAUCAACAAUUUAUAUCAGGGAUCUCUAGAAGUUUACCAGUUACAUAAUUUAAGAGAUUUUACAGUACUUCACCUAUAGCUAUGUUAUUUAGACAAAAUGAACCUCUAUAUCAAAGGCUUCAUCUCACUGUCUUACCCACACCAAAUGAACAGUACCAGCACACUGAACAUCAGCAUAUAUUUCUAACUUGGUUGCUCUAUUUGGCAUAAAGCUUUACAAAUCUUGUAUUAUACUACUAAAACUUGAUGAUGCAAACAUUUUCAAAAUCUCAUUUAUGACAGAUAUUAUUUUCAUUUUAUUAUCAAAGUUUAAGGCUGAGAAUUAUCUUUAAUUAUAAAUUAAAUUCUUUUCUUUGCCUUGUCUCUGAAUUCCCAAAUCAUUGACAAAAGCUAUGCACUAGACAAGAGGCAGGUUUUUGUUAAUUUCAGUCUGUAACAUGGAUGUCACUAAGUCUGUCUAGCACUAGUAACAGAAAGCUUUGAGUUUUAAGUGCUAGAUUCUAUUUUAAAAUUGUGUUCCUUUUUUAGUCACCAGUUACAUGUUUUAUUUGAGAAUAAAAUAAGUCUAUA